ACGAGGGCUGAAUAGCACAAGGAGAUAUUCAUGGCUUUCUUCCGGGUUGAAGUAAACCUGGAUGUGCAGUGUUUGUUAUUGAAGAAAUGAAAACUAAACAACUUCUGUAGUAUUUUACAAAUCUCCAUCUUUCUGUCGCGAUCACUUCAUAUGAACCCUAGCUUCAGUCCGAUUAUUACCAAGAUCGUUGAAUGUUGGGAAUGCCACGUCGACGAUAGCGUGCAUUUUCACCACACCAUGCACCUACCCUCUGCUAGAUUUCUUCAUUGCAGUUGUGAUGGAUGGGGAAGAUCCAUCAUCCGACAAGCACAGUUCGCCUUCACUAACCUGGACAAACUCUCCCGAGUCUCAGCGUUCAAGAGAUCCGACUCUCUUGUGCCUUCACAAACCGAGCUGCGGAUAUGCCAGUGCCGAGACCGACCAGGGAAAGUCCUGGAUUCAUUCGCCUCUGCGGAAAUGGACUCCCAGUAUUUCAAGUCGACUUCACAGACAGUGAUAGGUUCUCUGUCCGUGCACAAGGCUUGCGCCGGUGGACUGUUCCGGGCGUGCAAUUUCUCUGAGAGGGUGAAAACAUUCUAUGUUCCGCCUAUCUGCAUAUUACACUUAAAAAUGACAUCAAGAUCUUUAUCAACGUCGUGUGGACUGACCAUGUGGGUCCGUGAGAGAAUCGAAUAUCGCUCGCUCAUUUAACCGCCGGUGGACUGUCUCCAGACCCUUGGAAGUGCAAGCAACGGCUGUAUACUGACGCCGUAUCUUUCUACAACCUCUACUGUAACUAAUAACCUCGCCGACUAUGAAACACGAAGCAUGGAAAUGAGGUGUUGUUACGCGACAUGAGUGACCUACUCCAUCCCUAAGAGGG